AUGCAAUUACUUCAAAAUGAAAUUGAAAAACGUACAAAAACAAAUCAAUCAUCUUCAACUUCAUCCAAUUCAUCAUCUUGUACACCAGCUAUAAUGUUCCUCUUAACAUCCCCAUCAAAACAAAAGACAACACCAGAAAAAAGAAAACAAAACCUUUUGUCUUCAUGUUUCGAUAAUCCUCGAUCAUCACAAUCCACUGUUGAUGAAUUUGCUUUAUGA